AUGUCAAGCUUGAAGGAUAUACUGCGCAGCAUAACGACUUUCGUUAAUUCUUCCAAUUCUGAUGUCCAAUCAAUUAUCGAUCUCAUUGAUAACUUUGCGACUCCUCAAGAUCGCGAGAAAACUGAUAAAAUUUCGGCAGAACUUUUAAAUCUCUUCAAUUCCAUACAAAACGACUCGCGAAAGUUCUACUCAUUCUUGAAAUGCCUGAGGGCGCUGUUACCAAUUUUGGGGGCCGAUAUUUUUAUUACCGACUGGUGGAGUCGAGUUUUGCUUCCCGUUCUUCAAUCCCCGUUGCAACCAAGGGACAUAGUGGAAGAAGUUAAAGGGAUUACGCGGGAUCUAUUGGUGUUUGAAACAGAACGUGUGGCAGUAUUCCGAAAGGAAAUUAUUGAACUUUAUUUAAAGGAAUCAAGCAUGGUGGGCAAAGCAGCUGGCGAGGGGAAGGGUAUAGUGGGAGAACAGAGAGAUACAUCUACCACUCUGAUUUCCUUAUUAUUGACAACGCUCACCAUGCUUUUACCUCACAUAUGCACAUCGGUCGCUUCUCACCUUCCACGCCUCUAUACUGUGUUCAUCAGAAUCUUAUGUUGGGACAAGCGUAAUUUAAGACCCGUGGAUUAUGGAGACGAAGUGGACGAUGAGAUCUUUGAUAACAAUCACUCGCCAAAGGAAAAGAAUGAUGACGUAUGGGAACAAUGUGAUUCAACAUUUGAUAAUAUACCGUCGACACCGCCGAACUGCUUGCAACUUUUUACAAUAUUAUACGGAAUGUUUCCAUGCAAUACCAUAGAAUUUUUGAGGGAUCCAACUGCGUGGUUAAAAGAAAAGGAUUACGCUCCUCCUCUUCAUAUGAAGAUUGACGAUGAUGUCAUACGUACCAGAAGCGUGCCAUUAUUGCGGCGUCACACUCUACACCCAAACAUCAUUCUCAGUGAUUCUCAAAAAGAACUUUCGGAUACCUCAAGAUGGAUGAAACUUGAACCCGCGGAUGUCGUGGCGGAAUGUGUUGGACUUGAUAUGGAAAACGCGUCAACAUCGAAACCUCGUUACGGUGAGUUGGAUGACAUAACAGUGAAUGUGCCAAAUCAAGUAACUCUAGAAGCUGAAACCGGAAGAGUUAGACGAACUUCGCAGUCAAUAUCUUUACGAGAAAUUAUGGAUGUUCAUCAGGCUUUGAAGAGCGGGGCUGACAUUGUUGUGGGCGAUGAUCCCUGGACUUCGCAAAUAAUUUCCUAUGCAAAUUUAUCCACAUCACAACCCCCUGUACCGCCUUCACCAAACUCAUCAUCCUCUUCUACUAGAUACUUUGACAAAUUACAACCUUCCGUCUCUCCGUCAAAUGUCCAAGCCAGUAUUUCAUUCCUACAGCGUGAAAUAAUGUUACUUCGAAAUGAAUUGAAUUUUGAGCUUUACCUAAAACAACAACACCUUCAGCAUAUCAGCCGCCUCCAUCGUGAUCAUGUACUUGAUAACAGAGUCGAAGCUGAAAGUCAAAACCUAUACAACACCUGUCGAAAUCUGAAAAUACAAUUAGAGAAGACGCAGACGGCCUUAAAUAGACAGCGAGAUGAGACGCUCAAUAUAAAGAAGAAGCACGUUCAGUGGGAAGAUGACCUGAAUGCAAAGUUGAAAAAAUAUCGCGAGGAAAAGAAAGGAUGGAAAACAGAAAUAGACAAGGAAGCAGAUACAAGAAAAUUUCAAGAGCAAAAACAACUUAUGGAAACUCUCGUGGCACAAUGGCACAAAAUGAAAAUUAAAUUAGAGUCUGGAGAAGCUGAAAUUAAGAAAUUAAAGUUGUUUGUCAGUUCUCAAUCACGCAUAAUUGAUGAUUUGAAGGCAAAGUCCGAAUCAUCUUUAAAAAAUACCGAAAAGAAUGCAUUAGAAAAGCAGAUGAGAAUUUGGACGCUCGAGCGAGAUAGGCGAGACAAAGAAUUCAAAAAGUUGGAAACUUAUUAUGAGAAUGUUAAAAAACGUAACGAAGAAUUACAAACACAUAUUAUUGAUCUUCUGGCACAAAUAGAAUCUCUUACUCAAUCUCGACGUAAUUCAGUUGCCGACGAGCAAUCUGAAAAUCAGAUAUAA